UGCGCGAAUGCGUGAAAUACGUUAGAAUGGUGGAAUUGACGACAGCACAAAUCCAAAAUAGAGUAAUUGCUACAUUUCAUGCUUUUGAAGAUUUCAUUCGUUUAAUCUACAAUAUUUUAAAUUUGAUUUCUGGUUAAUAUGCAAUUGUAUGUUAACGAGAACUUAAAAAUUAGCUAGUCAAGGGGAGUUAAGGUACUUGAUCAAGGCUGAUUUUGAUUUCUCCUUAAAGAGAGCUGCGUUUUGGUGGUGUAUAAAUUAACGCGAUAAAGCGCUAGGAUGGAUCCUUGCGAAGGAAAAGUUGACAUACCUUUUGAGGCUUAUCAGCUUUGUGCCCAUAUCCAACCGGAUGCUGGCUUUCUCAGCUUUACAGUUGUGGCCAUGCUAGGCCUUGAAACCCAUGUCAAAGGGCCUACGGUCCUGAACCUGUGCUCUGUAUGUAACAAAACAGGAAGCUGAUGGAGAUCAGAAGCUAAGUUAUCACUCUAAAGAAGAAAAUGCAGGUGGGAUGGAGACCACAUCCGAGGUUGGUUCUCUAACACAUAUAGCAGAAACUGGUAGUGGAGAAGCAGCCACCGUUGACCAGCCAUCAGCAACUGUGACAUGUGAAACGGAGAAAGAUGAUGAGGAGGACAGCACUACACAACAAUCUUUGAAAAAAACAAACAAACAUCCUGUAAUGCACCUUAAUGAAUUGUGCCCUGGUGCCAGCUAUGAUUUUCUUGAAGAACCAGGAGGUACUCAGACUGAAUUUGCUGUUCUUCUUAAAGUAUGCAACAUGUCUUUCACGGGCCGAGGACAGAGUAAGAAGAUUGCCAAAUUCUGCGCUGCUGAAGCAGCCAUGCAAGAGCUGUUUGGUUUCAGCUUUGAUGAAAACUAUAAAACCUAUGAUGUCACCAAGAAACGCCGAGGCCGAAAGCGAAAGGCAACAGACGCAGCUUCAGAAGAGGUAGGCGACGAGAGGGCGGAAGGAGCAGGCGAGAAGGAAGAGGAGGAGGGGGAGGCAAAGGGGCCGAAUGAGGAGGGGGCCGCAGAGGACGGCGAGGAUACCAUGCUGGGCAAGCGACGCAUGGACGGGGGCGGGGGCCCGUCGUUCUCUGCGAAGAAGCGGAAGCUGCACGGGCCUAAGAUCCCCAAGAACGCCCUCAUGCAGUUGAACGAGAUGCGGCCGGGACUGGAGUUUCGUUUCGAGUCCCAGACCGGCCCCGUACAUGCGCCCGUCUUCACCAUGGCGGUGGAGGUGAACGGUCAGACCUUCCGUGGCACUGGCACGACCAAGAAGAAGGCCAAGAUGAUGGCUGCCGAGGCCGCUUUGCAGUCCUUCGUGCAGUUCCGCAACGCCUCAGAGGCGCACCACGCCAUGGGGCGACAAGUAGUCAGCUCGGGCGACUUCACGGACGAAAUGGCUGAGAUCGAAAGUACCAGCCUUUUCAACGACUUUGAGAACCAGGGCGGCGGCGGCGGCGGCGGCGGUAGCGGAAGCGGCAGCGGUGGCGGCAGUGACAGCGAUGCCCCGAACAGCGAAAGCAGCGGAGGCGGCGCCGUGACGAACGGCAGCACGCGUAAGGCGCCCAGGACCAAGGCCCACGUGCCGGCGCAGCCCGGCGACAAGAACCCGGUAAUGAUUUUAAACGAAAUGCGGCCUGGCGUGAAAUAUGAGUUCGUGUCGGAGACAGGUGAGAGCCACUCCAAGUGCUUCACCAUGGCGCUGGAGCUGGACGGUCAGCGCUUCCAGGGCUCGGGCCGCAACAAGAAGGUCGCCAAGUCGCGAGCGGCACAGGCGGCACUCAUGAAGGUCUUCGGCCUCGACUUCUCCUUCGAGCCAGGCACACAACCUGUUCCUGGAGAUGACCAGCAGACCAGCGCCUUGUCUGACCUGGUGUGCAAGCUGGUGCUGGAGAAGUUUGGGGAGCUGACCAACAACUUUACCACACCCACCGCCCGCCGCAAGGUUCUUGCAGGGAUCGUGAUGACCUGCGACCCCGAGAGCGUGCCACCGGAAGUUGGGCAGGAGGCGCAGGUGAUCUGCGUGUCGACGGGCACUAAGUGCAUCAACGGCGAGUACAUGAGCUCGCAGGGCACCUCACUGAACGACUGCCACGCCGAGGUGGUGGCUCGGCGCUCGCUCCUUCGCUUCCUGUACACGCAGCUGCAGCUGCACGUGGCCGAGGACCCGCAGGCGGCGCGGCGCUCGGUCCUGGAGCCGCGCGGCGACGGACGCGGCUUCUGCCUUCGGGAAGGCGUCAAGUUCCACCUGUACAUCUCCACGGCGCCCUGCGGUGACGCGCGAAUCUUCUCGCCGCACGAGCGCGAGGGCGACGAGAGUGACAAGCAUCCCAACCGCCGCGCGCGCGGCCAGUUGCGCACCAAGAUCGAGUCCGGAGAGGGCACCAUCCCCGUGCGCUCCGCCGCCACAGUACAGACGUGGGAUGGCGUCAUGCAGGGCGAGCGUCUCCUGACCAUGUCCUGCAGCGACAAGAUCACGCGCUGGAACGUAUUGGGGUUACAGGGAUCGUUGCUGGGUUUGUUCAUCGAACCGGUUUAUCUGGACAGUCUUGUGCUGGGAUCUCUCUACCAUGGUGACCAUUUGUCUCGUGCUGUGUACUCGCGUAUCAACUGUCUGGCUUCCUCGCCAGAGCUUACUCCACCGUUCCGCUUUAACCGUCCCUUCCUCAGUGGUAUUUCAAAUCCUGAGUCACGGCAGCCUGGCAAAGCGCCCAACAACAGCGUGAACUGGACCUUGGGCGAUUUGGCCCUGGAGGUGGUGAACCCAACAACAGGCCGCACAGAGCAAGGAUCAGAGUCACGGCUGAGCAAGCACAAUCUUUUUGCCCUUUACGGCACCAUCAUUAAGCGCCUUCCUACACUGGUAGAGCUGCCUGAUCCAUCAAACCCUCCCCAUGUCUAUGGAGAGGCCAAGGCUGCACACACCAGGUACCAGGUGUUAAAGAGCGAGUUGUUCCAGGCAUUCCACAAAAUGGGGCUUGGCUCCUGGGUUCAGAAACCCUUAGAGAGUGACCAGUUUGAACUUCCUAUUUGAAGCAUAGUGUCUCGGUGUCUUGGUGCCUGCAUAGCAGUCAAGUGGGGUUUUGUAUGUUUUUGCGCUGGUGGAAGUUGGGAUAGGGGGUGGGAGAAAAGCAAAAGAGGGUAUGAUAAGGGUAUCAUAAACACUGCUCAUUUUCCUGCAAAAUCAGUUAAUGACAGCAUUUGGUGUUACAUCGUUUUGUUCAAUGUAUCUGAAGGAAAUCUCUGUGUGCAUGUGUGAGUGGCCAUGUUGGACAGAGGAGAGAGGCUAAUAAGAAAACGAGGAUAUAGAGAAACCAUGACAAAAGAUCUUGAGAUUUGUCAGUCCCUUAAAGCUGAUUAUAAUUUGCAAGUUACUAUUGGGAGUCGUCGUUUAUUUUGUUAAAUAUAUGGUAACAAGGAUCUCUUGAUAAAUAACAAUAUUUAAUUUAAAAUACAAUAAAUCCUCUAGAUCUGAACCUCCAGCUCAACAAACUUUUAAAGAUGUGAAUAUGCAUGCGCAGUAAAUUUGAAAUAAGUACAAAAUUACAAUUGUGGCAGAAAUUUAAAUGGCAUUUCUUAUGCACAAAUAGUUAUAACUGUAUACAUUGGCUUGUCUAUUAAUUAGUGCUGAGUGAUACAUGUUGGAGGCUCAUGAGCUGAGUGCUAAUGGAAACCCACUUUUGGAAUGGAUUUGGUUCAUAUCUAAAGGAUUUAAUGUAGGCCAUUUCCUAAACAUUGAAGCCCCAGGUGUAAUAAAUAAUAGGGUGUGUACAAAGAAUGGAAUAGGUAAGUGGAAAAGGAAGGAGGCAAGAAAACAAAGCAUGAAGGAUCAGGGAUUGACUACAGGAUGGAUGUUGUGCAUAGAGGGAUUUCAUACUCUGUUUCACCUUAGCUGCCAUGUUUUUCUCAUUCACAGUGGGCAUCAUUGCAUUGUGGAUGAUUUAAGUACACUGCAGAAGCCAGGAAAUUAGAAUGUGGAGGUGCCUCCACAGGUUUGAGUUGUGCAAAAUCCACCUUUUCAAGAUGGUUAUAAAGCCACAGGUUAUAGGGGAGUAUUAGUAACAAAAAAGGCAAGAUGUAACAGCUUUGAUGCAGUCUGAUGUUCACUGGUUUUUGUUGUUGUUUUUAAAUGCUAGCAUGUUUGAAUUUUACUUUUGAUCACAUUGUGUGUUUAGUUCCAGCAUUCUUAUUUGUUACUCUUAUUUCAUCCACUUGUCAGCAUUAUAUUACUGAUACUUGCUCACAGAAUAACCUGUAAUGAAUGCAGUCACAGGAAAUCAUGUUUGUUUCCACGAUUUGCUUUUUAAUUAUUAAGACACAAGCAUUCCUUUUCAUUAUGUAGCUUUAAGUGUGUGCCUACAAUUGGAUUAGUUCAACAUAGCAGUAAUAGAAGUCUUUGAGUAUGGUUUUUUUCCUCCAUAAUUCUUGACAUUUAACCAAAGUGGGGUCUGUGUGUGAGCUGUUAACCCUCUUAGCACCACAUAAAAAUAUAACAUCGCAUUGACUGGUUUAUAACUGAAGACAACAUUGGGUAGUUUUUUAUUGCUGCUCUGAGGAAAGCAUUAGACCAAGAAAUCUACACAUGUUUUGUAAAGGAACAAAACUUGAACUAUGCAAUGAAAAUAAUGAAAAUCACCUACCCUGUGCUUCCUGGCAAAGCCACAAUUGUGGUCCAUUAUGCUAAGAGGGUUAAGACCAGUAAUAUCUUACAGGACAUGACACGGGCACUCAUACAUAUACACAUAGACACAGACACAUUCUCUUAAAGCUGUAACAAGUAGUUUUUACAGAAGGAAUUUUAAGAUCAGUACACUUCAAGCGAUGGCAGCAUUGAAACUAAUUUUAAAAAACGAAUAGGGCAGGCAGGGUGGGAAUCAGUUAAAAAAAUGGUUGCCUUUUGUCAUGUGAUUAUCUGGAAAUUGAUAAUUGAUUUUUCUGUGUUGAUUGGAGUAUGUGUUGUUGUUUGCAUGUUUAAUAAACAUUCUGAUGGUCCACAU